UCAAGCAACAUCAGUGAGAAUAUGCGUUGCAAAAUAAUCGACGAUCCUGGUUCUGGUCACAAACCAGUCAUUGCUAGUAUUACCAUCGGCAGCAAAAGCAUGACAAGGAAAGUGCCAACUAAGCUAUCAUGGAACUUCAAGAAGGCUGACUGGCCUAGAUUCAUGAACCUUUUAAAAAAUGAACAUCAUACAAUUCCCUUCAACUUCAACCAACAUCCUGGCAAACUUUGCCACGAUAUCAUGAAUACGCCCGUCGCAACGGAGCUGAUCAGACUGGAAGAACGCAAGACGUACAAGCCUGGAUCUGAUCAGACUGGAAGAACGGAAGACGUACAAGCCUGGAGGCAAUCAGCUGUCCUAACGCAAGACGUACAAGCCUGGAGACGGCAAUCAGCUGUCCUAAGGAAAGCUAUCUAA